CGCCGCCUGUGCUUUGGGUGCCAGCCGGUUGUCGCAGCACGGCCGGCGGACCGGGCGAGGCUCGGGGGAUGCUGCUGAGCCGCCGCGGGGUGGAGAAGACGGAGAGGGCGGCGGCCAGGCGGCUUCUGCGAGCCGGAGGGGCGGCCAGAUCUAAAGUAAUGAAGAACUGGGGUGUAAUUGGUGGGAUUGCAGCUGCUCUUGCUGCUAGCAUUUAUGUCUUGUGGGGUCCGAUCACGGAGAGGAAAAAGCGUAGAAAAGGGCUAGUGCCAGGCUUGCUCAACGUGGGGAACACGUGCUUCAUGAACUCUUUACUCCAAAGCUUGUCCGCGUGUCCAUCUUUGAUCAACUGGUUGGAAGAAUUCACAGUUCAAUUGGAGGCCAGUCAGCCUGAGUCCCCUGGGCGCCAGUGUCUGUCCCUUACCUUACUCCGGCUUCUGAAAGCUUUAUCCUGUCAAGAGGCUACAGAUGAGGACAUCCUGGAUGCAAGCUGUUUGCUGGAGGUCUUAAGGACGUACAGGUGGCAGAUCUCCUCUUUUGAAGAGCAGGACGCCCAUGAGCUAUUCCACGUCCUUACCUCAUCGCUGGAAGACGAACGAGAUCGCCAGCCACGAGUCACCAAUCUGUUUGAUGUCCAUUCACUGGAGCAACCGGAAGUAUCCCAAAAGCAAAUAUAUUGCAGAACGAGAGAGUCUUCUCAUUCCAUGUUGAAUCACUGGAAGCUGCAGCAUCCUUUCCAUGGGAGGUUGACAAGCAACAUGGUUUGCAAACACUGCAGGCACCAGAGUCCCGUGCGGUACGAUACUUUUGACAGCCUUUCCCUGAGCAUCCCGGCCACCAUGUGGGGCCACCCCAUGACGCUGGACCACUGCCUCCACCAUUUCAUCUCUUCUGAGUCGGUUAAGGGCGUAGUAUGCAACAACUGCACCAAAGUUCAGGCAGAGGGGACUCUGAGUGGGCCAGUCGUAGAGAACCAGAGAACCACCUUUGUUAAGCAGCUAAAGCUGGGGAAGCUGCCGCGGUGCCUCUGCAUCCACCUGCAGAGGCUGAGUUGGUCCAGCCACGGCACGCCUCUCAAGCGGAAUGAGCACGUGCAGUUCAGCGAAUUCCUCGCCAUGGACAUCUACAAGCAUCGCUUCUCCACCCAUAAACCGAAUCCCAGAAGCAACCCAGAGGCAUCGCCCCAUGCAAAGACUCCAGAUGUGGAACAGCUGGAUGGUAAUAAACCCUUGCUUAUAAAUGGCACCUGCUCCCCAUCGCUGCUGACGUCCCCCAUCGUAUUUCCCUUCAUGGCAGUUUCUGACUGUAGUUCCCCUGCAUAUCUCUACCGUCUGAUGGCUGUUGUGGUUCACCAUGGGGACAUGCAUUCAGGACACUUUGUGACGUACCGCCGCUCCCCGCCUUCUUCCAAACAUCCACUGGCUGUCAGCAACCAGUGGCUGUGGAUUUCAGACGACAUUGUGCACAAAACCACUUUGCAAGAGGUCCUUUCGUCCAGCGCCUACCUACUCUUUUAUGAGCGCGUUCAGUCUAGGCUGCGGCAGCAAAGCGAGGAGCUCCAGGCUGAGGAGUGACAGAAACCGCAGGGAAGGUCUCAUUGAUACGCACCUCUGAGGACAAGAGUGUCCCUUCGGCUCCACGAGCCCCUGGACGGUCCACCUCAAGCCGCAGUUGUUGGCUGCUGCCACCCAAAGUCAGCGGGCUAACCUCUUGCUCUUCCACAUGUGUGUCAUUAUUAGAGAAGUGUUCUUGUGUGUUGGUAGAGCUCUCAGCUGGUGAACUCCACACAGUGACUUCCCUAGGCCACACCUCCAGUUUUUAGCUCUGUUUUAUGUCUUAUGACGGAAGUAGCAUCAGCCUUUUGGGGGGAAAUGCACCUUUUUGACAGUGUCACGUCCUGUGAGGACAGAGGGCUGUUGACUGUCUGUCCACAUAGAGCUGCCUUUGAGGAACCCUCCAGAGUCCCAGAUGUGGUGCUGCAACCUAUUUGCCGGAUUCAUAGAGGCGGCAGUGAAUGCAGGACCCCGAGUCUGUUUAGCCGGUCUCUGGCCAAGCGGUCCUGGGAUCGCCAUAUCCCCCCUUCACUGCGGUCUGCUCCUGAACUGUUUCCUUCUCUCCCUCCUCCACCAUCCUUACUCUCUUCCUCUGAUGCUGCUUCUCCUCCUUUGCCCAUCUCUCUCCAAAGUCUUGGUUCUGUGCCAACUAAUCAGCUUAGGCAGUUUCAUUGGAUCAGGCGAGGCAUGCCUGCUGAGAGAACUUUUCUUUGUUCUGAUGCAUUUUCCCACCAAACCACCUCCUGGAAGCUGCAGCCUCCCCUACCCACGCCAUACUUUGGCAGCACACCCCUCAUGCCAACCUCAGCUGUUCCAGCCAAGAGGACCAGGCUGGUGCCUUUUAGCUUUCCACCCACCCCACCUGCCCAAGGCACAGUCAUGCUCUCCUCAGGCUCUGAGGAUAUAAAGACAGGUUCGGCCAGGGGAGCAACAGGGAAGAACUCCGACCUCAAAUCCAAGGAAAAAAAGUAAAGAGAAUCUGCAUUGAAGUGCCUUGAUCUUCCACAGAAUCCAUAGACAGCAACCCACAACUGCUUCUGGUGUGGCCACGUCCUUAAAAUUCCCAGGGGAGCAAGAAGGGUGGUGAGAAUUCUGGGCUCCCUGUGCAGUCAGAAUCUACAGCCUUUUGAGGCGUCACAUGGCUGAAGCUGCAGCGGUUGGAUGAGAAAUGGAUACCACACAGCACGUUCCUCCCCCCACCCCCAGCGAUGCUCAAGGUCAGCAUCAAAAUGGCAUGAGAUGGUGUGUUUCCUUUAAGAGCCC